AGUCGAAAAGUUGGUCGAGUGCUAGGGGGUUCAACUUUGGAGGCGCGAUUGUUAGUAUUUUUUUGUCACAAAAGUUGAGCAGCACGCUGUAAGAAGGAUUACAUAAAUUUUCACCAACUUCAUCAAAAAUGUUAUAAAAAUUUGCUUAGAGGCUUUGGACAGCGCUGAUCAAGAUGGAAGUGUCAAAUGAAUAACUGAAAUUUUGUGACGCAACAAGAUGAGCAUGAUAAAGGUUAUGACGUAGAUUGUCAACUCACGAGACUCAUGGAAACACGAGGUCAUUUUUGAGUUUACUUAUCUUGACCAAAUUUUUAUUGGUGUCUCCCAUACUUGAUCGACUUCUAAGGCUCUGUUAAGUGUGAGAGUUUAUACAUCGAUCGUGAAUUUCUUAAAAAUCAAGCACCGCUCACUACGUUGUGCGAUACUACGUAUGAUGUGCAUUUCGUUAGAUGACGUUCUGUUUUCCAUCACCAAAUUUGUCGAAAGCUGCGAAAAAUAUUGAUGAAACGUAGAUUUCCUUUAGUCAGCAUUGCACAUUCUCGUGUUUUUUUGAAGAUCAAUAUUACAUCAUGUUACGUGAAAAAGAUUCUUUCUUUAUCGUUUAUGAUGCAAGUUAUUUCGAAAUUUCUUUUACUGAUUUCUAUGAAUGACGAUGUGGAGAAGGCAUACAAUAUGACAUCUAUUGAGCAUUUGUUGUCGUAUCUCUCCUCUACUCCGUUCGUCUCAUCUUCGUUUCUGACCUCACUGGGAGAAGAAAGAAAUGAGUUGUUCUCCAUUUAUUCAUCCUAUAUGAAUUGAAAUAUUGAGUACUGAGAACAGAUUGAUUGGUGCCGUCCUCUCAACUCUCGUGCUACAUCCAUUUGACUUCGAUCAUCUAUGAAUCAUCACGCUUCGAAAAUCAAACCAAGUUGACUAUUGAUUAUCGCAGUUGAGUAGGAGAUGUGGCUGAAGAAAAUUAAACUUUUUCAACGUGAGCGUGACAGCAUAAACAAAAGAAACAACAUCUGCUAGACUCUUUUAGAUUUUAACAGUUCUAGCUAAACCUCAGUAGAAUUUGUAUACAUACUAAACUACUUAAGUAAGAUGUAUCUUAAAAGAUCUCACAGAUAAAUCUUUCUUAUGAUGAAAAAUGGACUUUACUCGGUAAUGUAACUAAAUUAAGUGAAUCAUGACCUUAACUAAGCCUUAUCAAUCAUUGAAAAUUUAAUGGCAAGACCUUGUGCAUAGUCAGUUGAUCUUAAUUGCAACAAUAAUCAGAUUUAUUUUGAUACAUACGUAUGUGGCACAAUGUUAAUUGCGUAACAAAAAAUUUGCACAUAACUAAAAAAUGUUCUAAUAAUCGUGUUAGAAUAUUUUGGUUUUUGAUCCAUGACCAUGGUACGUUGAUAUUUUUUUAAGUCAUCAAAAAUAUGAUGUUUUUAAUGAGAGGAGAAGAAAAUGAAAUUUUCUAUGUAUAUAAUACUUCCAUGUUAUGUAUGGAUUGCUUUAUAAAUAAUAUUGCUAAAUUAUUGAACCGAGUACUAUAAAUGUUAUCAAUGAUUGAAAAGAAAACAUUUAUUUUAGAAGACUAAUUUCAAUAACAAAAGUAGAACUUAUUUUUGAAAACCUAUCUAUUCGAAUUAAUUUUAAAAAACAUAAAAGCUCUAUGAUUUAUAGAUCUAUAUUAAUCGUUUGCGUUGAUCGAAAAGAAAUUUUUGAUUAGAAUUUUCUACAAACAGUUCAGUCAUUCGAAAUAAUUGUCUUCAGUAGAAAUAUUUUAAUUAUUAUAUGGCAUAGACUAGACGAAAUAUUUUUUAAUGGUUACGUUUACCUACGUCAAAUCAGGUAGAAUAUUUUUUUUUCUUAUUCUAUUUAUUUAGUGUGUCAAUAAAUUGUAUCGUUUAGAAGCAAUACAUUAGAAAAAGGGGAAGGACUUGAGCUUUAGAAAGAAGAAUGAGUCAAAUGUUUUUUUUCUUUCUGCGAAAUGUCUAGUCUUUCAGUAUUCUCUUUUAUUAUUAUAUAUGAUCAACUUCCUAUUUUAAGUAUCAAUCCCAAAUCAUAUGGAAGUAAGUUGUAUAUAAAAUACUUAUCAUUCAAUUUCAUGAGAAUUAUACAAAAGAUAUUUUCUAAAAGAAAAUCAAUAUUUAAUAAAAUGGCAAAUUUAGAAAAACAAAUAUUCGACAUUAUUCAUAGAAGGGAAAGGGUAAAUAUUCCAAAUAAUGAUAUAGCUAAAAUAAUGUAUUAUUUAAAUUGUGUUUGUCAUUGCAUUGAUUAUGAUGAUAGUGAUAUUGAUCGUUUCAUAAAUUAUCCCAAUUGGUCAUCAUUAUCGGAUGAAGAAGAACAAUUUGUCUUUUUUUUAGCGCUUAACUUGAGCCCAGAUUUAUUUAUUGGCAAAGUUUUUUUUCCAAGUGAUGAACUAUGUUAUGAUAUAUAUGGAAAAUUUUACGAUAUCCAUGACAUAAAUCAUCCGAAAAUGGUUACUCGAUCAUUGGUCAUUACAGAACGUAUUUGUGAAGUUAAACAGAUUUUUGCUUUCAAGCAAACAUGGUUAAAAGAAUAUUAUCUUGAUCCAAUGAAGAAAUUUGCUCAAAAAUUUUCUUCUCGACAACAACAAGCGAAUAGAUCUUGCGUUAUUUCUUAA